AGUCUACUAGUUCUCGGAACAUCGCCACAGUGAGGAGGAGGAGGAGGAGGAGCGAAGGAAGAGCUCGUCAGUUCAUCCACCAUCGUCGUGCGGAACAGCUCGGGAAUUCUCGGUUGAGUGGCGGGUAUCAAUGGCGGGAGCGAGAGGGAUUUUGCUGAAGCACCUGCGAGUGAAGGUGCAAGCGUUCCCGCAAAACCCUAAACCCAACAAUGGGCUCUUCGGCCUCUCUUUCAAUGCGAUUCUGCGCCAAUUCUCCGAGGCGGUUAGGGGCUCUUUCCUUGACAAAUCGGAGGUCACAGAUCGCGUCGUCAAUUGUGUCAAGAACCUUCAGAAGGUCGAGGCUUCCAAGCAGGUGACAACAAAUGCUCAUUUCCAGAGUGACCUUGGCCUGGAUAGUUUAGACACAGUGGAGAUUGUGAUGGCUCUUGAAGAAGAGUUUGGAUUUGAGAUACCAGAUAAUGAAGCAGAUAAGAUCAAUUCUAUUAGCCUUGCUGUUGACUUCAUAGCCUCGCACCCUCAAGCUAAGUAGAGGAAACAAAUGAAAUCAUGAAUACUCUUCACCUACGCCGCUAUAAUGCUCGUGGUUUUCGAACCUAUUUGUCUUUGGAGGUAGAGGGUUUUAUUCAGUCCUAUCUUUUUUUUCCUUAUUUUGAAGAAGAUUACUUAGUAGUCUGGUCAGCUGUUUCUGAACUCAGGUUAAAACUCGGAUUACUUCAUGUACUUGUGAAUGACAAGUGCCGCGCUUCUGUUGGAGGAUAUGUGAUGGUGUAACUGUAAUCAGCAGAAUUACUAGCUGUUCAUUUGCCAUUUUGUAUCCUCCAUGUCAAUAAAAUUGGCGUGAAAGGCUGAUGGGUUUCCGUUAUAGCAGCA